UUGGGGUGGGGUGGGGGUUAAAACCAAUUAAACAUGAGCUGGGCUUGGGAAUAAACAGAGUAGGCCCGACAGAUAAAAAAAGCGAAACCCUCUUAUAGUGCUCCGUGGAGGGAUGCGAAACCCUAGUGCUCAGUCAUCGUCAUCGUCAUAGAAUAGAAUAGAAUAGAAGAAAUUGGGAAAACGAAACCCUAGUGCUCGAUCCGUGGAGGGAUUCGAUUUUAGGCUAUGGCUAGAGGAGAAGAAAGUAGCGGCACAAGGAAAUCCAAGGCGGAAGAGGCUCUUCCAAUCCCCAAGGAGAAUAAACGAUUACGAUUACUAGAAGAACAAGAACUACAACAAGAAGAAAAAGAUUGGCAUUGUCCAAGGGCAGGACCUCUUCGUAAGCAGGAGCUGUUAGAUUUUGCAAGAUGGUUCAUUGCGGGAGCUGCUUGUCAAAAUUUAGACAUAGUGAAAAUUUUUGCUGAAAAGGAUCCACCGAUGUCUACUAACAAUGAAAUGUUAAACAAAAAUAUUAAGCUUUUCAAGGAUGAUCAGCUUACUCUAAAAUCGCUUAUGAUGGAAAUGGCACAGAAGGAGUUUCCUGAAUGUUUGCUGGACUUUGAAGAUUAUAAUCCGGAUAAACCAUAUCCCAGGCCUCAACAUAGUCUAUUUUUCCCCCCCUCUGAUGAUGAAGAAGAGGACGAAGACCCUUGUGAGAAAAAGAGUCUUUUACCCCUUGUAAUUAAACAUUCACAGCUUUUCAAAACUCUUUUUCUUAAUAAAUGCUUCAAGUUAUAUGUGCCUUCAACUUAUAGUAGUUGUUUUAAAAAUAUGUGUUAUCUUCUAUUUUUACUUUUGGUUUGUAACUUUUCAAACUAAUUGUGAUUAGGUACAUUUGCUAAUUCUCAUCAUGCUUAGUGAAAGAGAUUUAAACAGCUUGCACACUUUGCUAAUAUCUUCAACACCAACUACAACCUA